GUAUGUCACAUGCUCUAUUGUCAUCACAUUCUUAAUAUGUGCUGUCCUGCAGAAUGAGGAACUUGACAUACAGAAACAAGGCAGCUGAAAUACAUGCUCUCUGAAUGUAAGACGAAUAGCGGGGAACAAAAAGGGAGUAAUGAAUAAAAUAAACUUGAAGGAUCUCUGUACCAGCAUGAGGGGUCUCUUCUGGCAUAUCUUCAGCAGGGUAGCUCUGAUCAUGCUGAUUUUACCAUGUAUCAGAGAGUGUAAUCCAAUGCCAGACCCCCAUCAGAGGGAUCUGAUGCUGAAGCAGGAGAUCUCCCAGCAAGUAGGAGGUGGAGUGGAGCUCACUCCAGCAGAACUGCAGCUGGAUUCACUCCUACACCAGCUAAAGCUGAAGGAAAUGGUUUAUUCACCUUUCCCACCUGCCAAUCACUUCUUCAAAGUGCGGCACAUUGUGCAAAAAAGCCCUGUCUUCAAACUGCUACAGAAAAUGCCAAAGGGUGCUGCCCUUCACAUCCACAGCUCCGCUAUGGUGAGUGUGGAAUGGCUGGUGCUGAAUGCAACAUAUAGGCCUCAUUGUUACAUCUGCUUCACGUGGGACGGCUCACUGCAGUUCAUUUUCUCUACCACUACACCCUUUCCGCGCUGGGGAUGCUUUGUCUGGAAACGGCUAGACAUGCUGAGGGCCAGUCUCAGUGACGUUACUGCCUUUGAUAACAGUUUAAUGCGGAAUCUUACACUCUUCACGGAAGACCCGGAGACGUCUUAUCCAACACAAGAUGCAGCAUGGGACAGGUUUGAGAAGAUUUUUAGUGCUCUAUCUGGGCUGAUCAACUAUGCACCUGUUUUUAAGGACUACAUUUACGAGGCUCUGAAGGAACUUUACGAAGACAACAUCAUGUACGUGGAGCUGAGGGUCGGACAGUCCAAGGCGUAUGAACUGGAUGGCACUACUCAUGACAGAGUGUGGUCUCUGGAGGUCUACAGAAACAUCACUGAACAGUUCAGAGCAAAUCAUCCAGACUUCAUAGGAACUCGUAUAAUCUUCACUGUCCACAGGAAUCUUUAUGUGUAUCAAGUAAAGCAAGCAGUGCAAGAGGCCAUAGAAAUGCAGCGAAAAUAUCCAGACAUCGUCGCUGGAUUUGACCUGGUAGGUCGUGAAGACACUGGAAGAUCUAUCUGGUACUUUCGAGAUGCCUUAUCACUCCCUUCAGAGAUGAAAACACAACUUCCUUUCUUUUUCCAUGCUGGAGAAACAGAUUUAGAUGGGACAGAUGUGGACAGGAAUGUGUUGGACGCUCUGUUGUUUAACACCAGCCGCAUUGGACAUGGCUUUGCGCUGGGACAUCAUCCCCUGGCCAAGCAGCUCUCCAGGACGAGAGGGGUGGCUGUGGAGUUGUGUCCCAUUUCCAACCAGGUGCUACAGCUAGUCUCGGAUCUGCGAAACCACCCCGCCGCGGCACUAAUGUCAGACGGUCAUCCCAUAGUGGUGAGCUCUGAUGAUCCCACCUUAUUCGGGACCACAGGGCUCUCCUAUGAUUUCUACCAGGCCUUUGUGGGUAUUGGAGGGCUGAGCGCAAACCUGGGCACUCUAAAGGAAAUUGCGAUGAAUUCAAUCAGGUACAGUUCCUUGUCACCACAACUACAGGAUAAAGCUAUGACGAUAUGGCAGGAAAAGUGGAAUAAAUUCGUAGCAGACAAUUCAUAACAGAAGAGGAGAAGACUGUAUUAUUUAUUAUUAUUACCCAGCUAAUAGGGAACAUUCUCAGAACUUUGGCUAACAUUCUGGCAAGGUUCUCACAAAGCUAUGAACAAAUGUUCUUCCAGUAACAUUAAUAGAAUGUUCGUUCAAAUAAUGUUCUCAAAAUUUGAACACAAAAACAUUAUUUAUACAUCAUUUUAGGGUAACACUUUAUUUCGAUAGUCCACUUUAGACAUUCAACUAACUUUAAGUAACUCUGCAACUCUACGUCAACUAGCAGUCGUUACAGUAUUACUAGACUGUCUGCUUAAUAUCUGCUAAUGCUCCCAACAGACAUUCUACUGUCUAUAAGUAACUUUGCAACUAAAUGUCAACUUAUUCUAUUAACCCUAACAGUAAUACUGUGAGUUAGUUGACAUGUAGUUGCACAGUUACUUAUAGUUAGUAGAAUGUUGAAAGUGGACCAGCAAAAUAAAGCGCAACCAAUUUUGGUUGGAUGUUCGUCUAACAUUUUUUAAAUGUUAAAGAAUGUUUUGAGAACAUUCAAAAGUAACCUUCCCAUAAUGUUUGCAAAAUUAUAAAUUGGAAUGUUCCCUUAUUGUCCGCACUCAGAAAUAACAUUUUCAUAACUUAAUGAGAAUGUUAGCAAAAUGUUUUUAGAACAGAUUUUGUUAGCUGGGUAGUUAUGUUAUAAAAUUAAAAAAAUAAAUAAAAUAAAAAAAUCAGCAUUUUGUGCAGAGGGACUGACUACAUGUUGAGAGUAUUAUUUGACAUACUACUUUGACCAAGUUUGAUCUGUGAGGUUUAUACAAAGUGUCCCACAUUUCAACACAUUUAUAUAAAUGAAUUAAGCAUAUACAUUUCAUAAUCCUGAAUUACUUACUGUAUCGUCCAGAUUUGAUUUCUGCACUCCUGAAUUAAAACUUCAUAUUUUC